GAUAGCGGCGUGCGAACUGUGGUUUAAAUGUGGCUUACGAUUUGACUGCUCUCCUUUCUCAAGAACAGGAUGGAUUAUUCUCGGGUACUUUGUGGACAUUUUAGGAUACUGUUAACCGUUUUUUGUGCAUUUUUACUAGGUCCAAAUGGAGCCUACUCACAGGACAAUUUUUACUUCAGUGUCAAGCCAGAGAGCCAAGACGUUAUAGAGGGCGAGAAAGUUAUAUUACGAUGUGAUGUCUCAAAUAGGAAACUUAUAGUUUUUCAUUGGACGUUAGACGAAAAGCAAUUAUUAAACACAUCCCGGCGAUUUCAGGACGGGAGUAAUCUUAUAAUAACGCGGGUUAAUCGGGGUGAGGAUGUGGGGAGUUUCCUCUGUAUAGCCACAAAUGAUUCGACAGGAUACUCAUUGAAAAGUAAAGAAGCCGUACUGAAUAUUUUAUGGAUGUCCCCCGAAGCAGAAGUCACCCUCAGACGGCCAAAAACAGAGGCGGAGCUAGCGCCUGGGGUGGAUAUGACGUUACGGUGCCAUAUCACGGGAAACCCUGAGCCGUCAUAUGAGUGGUUUAAAAAUGGCAAUCAAAUAUAUAAUAGUGCUGGUGUCCGGAUGCACGAAAAUAAGAUACGAAUAGAGGGGAUAGAUUCCGGUGAUAAUGGUAUUUAUUCCUGUAAAGCAAAGAAUGAUGCAGGGACAGUUGAAAGUUAUGAAAAUUUCAUGCUGAAUAUUCCUGGUCCAGACUCUCCCUUUCUCGUCCAGGAGAAGUUUAGUCGGUCAUUCCUCGCCAAGAAGAACGGCGUGGCGCUCCUCAACUGCGUGUACCAGAACGCUGCCAGCAUAGAAUGGAGGUUUGGGGGUGCUCCGCUCAGGAACAGCUCAAGGAUAACCGUCUUCAGUAACGGUUCGCUUCAGAUCCGACAAGUCCGUAACAAGGAUGCUGGGAGCUACACAUGUACUGCGACACGACCUAACGGCAUAGGACAGGCAUUCACAUCAGAACUCCUUAUGGCCAGUCUAAGUGACUUCACCAACUCCAACUUUGAGCCAAGGCUACAAACGAAUCAACCCCUUGUCUUCCCCGUUGGCAGCAACUUUGAGGUGCGCUGUAUCCUCCCAAAAGGAAUACCCAACCCGUCAUACAGGUGGGAAGAUCCACUGGGUGUGACGAUACCUGGACAAGGACGCAUCGUGGUCGAGGAUACCAAACUCAAGGUGACCAGCGCCCAGUCGUCUGACUCUGGUAACUACACCUGCGUGGCCAGCAACCUCUCUGGGGAGAAGAAUGGCGUCGUUUGGAUUGUCGUAUCAGUGAAACCCACCAUUACUCAGGGACCAUCUGCUGUCACUGUGCUCGAGGGUAAAACAGCCCAGAUGAACUGUAAGGUGCUCGGCACACCAUAUCCAGUGUCUCGUAUUAUAUGGCUUAACAACAAUUCACCUCUUGAGCCUCAUCCACGGUUCAUCAUCAACGAGAGAACAGGGGACAUAACGAUACACAAUGUUCACCUGAACGAUGAAGGGAACUAUGCGUGCCGGGUCAACACCACAGGACACCCGACAAUUGAGUCUAGUAUGGCCAGGUUGGAAAUUACCAGGAGAUUAAAAUUCUUACCAAAACCAGUCAACACGAAACUCGAGUUAGGAUCACCGGCUAAGAUCCACUGCAAGGCUGAGGCUGAUGGGAAAAAGCAGCCGGCUGUGAAGUGGUACCGCCACGGCACAGCAGGCCUGCCGCCCCACGUGGAGGACCAGAACGGAACGCUCAUCUUCAAAUCAGUGGAGGCGACUGACGAGGGUGAAUACACUUGUACGGCCCAGAGUGAGACCCAGGGAACCAUCAAUGCUACCAUCACAGUUGAAGUUGUUGUAAAGCCCAAGUUCAAGGUGAAGCCCCAUAACACGACGGGCUACGAAGGUUACUCCGUCAUGCUGCACUGUGUUGCCAUCGGUGACCCGCCACCGACCAUCCAGUGGGAUAAAAACAGCCAAGUCAAUGCCUUCGACAUCAGGAGAUUCAAGGUGCUGAAGAACGGAACGCUGUACGUGUCUCAGAUCUUCAUCGAGGACCGUGGACGGUACGGCUGUACGGCCGGCAAUAGCGGUGGAUUUGAACGAGAGGAGAUAUUCCUGGAAGUAGCAAGUUCCGACCAGUAUAUGCGGGACAAGCAGAAGAAGGAUGACGAGGGCUUCAGCAUGAUGAAGACGGUCAUCAUAGCCGUGUGUAGUGCCAUCGCGUAUCUCGGCCUUGUCGUGGGCCUGACCAUCUACUGCAGUCUGCGGCUGUACAAGAGUCGCGGCCGCAGGAAGAUGGCCGAGAAUGCAGAGACAGGUACAGCAGAACUUGGCCCUCUUGCAGAAAAUGGUGACGCUCAUCGUGAGCAGCAGGAACUGAUGGAGAAGGACAAGAGAGAUGAGAACAACAUCAAGAGCGAUGGAGACUUCUCAUGUCUGAGCUCGUACCAGUCUCACUCAACCCACUCGCAUCCUGGCUCGCAUCACUCAAAGAGACGUAACAGCUACGAUAAGAUGCAGUUCCCGCGCCAUGACCUUCAGACUCUAGGAAUGCUUGGCAAGGGAGAAUUUGGUGACGUGUUCCUGGCACGAGCCCACGGCAUCAAGGAGGGAGAGGGCGACACGUUGGUCGUAGUCAAGUCUCUUCUGAGUAAGGAGGACAGCCACCAGUUCGACUACCGGCUGCAGAUCGACAUGUUUGGCAAACUCGAUUGCGACAAUGUUGUCAAGUUGUUGGGCGUCUGCCGUGAGAUCGAGCCGCAGUUCAUGAUCCUCGAGUACUGUGAAUGGGGCGACCUGAAGCAGUUCCUGCGGGCGAUGAGGAAGGACAACGGAAGGAACGUGAAGGUGCCGCCACUGACGUCUGCUCAGAAGAUCACCAUGUGCAGCCAAGUGGCCGCGGGAAUGGAGCACUUAUCAAGCCAUCGCUUCGUACACAAGGAUCUUGCAGCGAGAAACGUGCUACUCUGUCCAAAUCUUGACUUGAAAAUCUCCAAUCUUGGAUUGUGCCGGGACGUUUACGCUGGUGAAUACUACCAGUAUCAUUCGCAGCUGAUGCCGAUUCGCUGGCUGCCAGCGGAAUCGAUCGUCGACGAUGAUUUCUCGACGAAAAGUGACGUCUGGUCGUUUGGCAUAUUCGCGUGGGAAGUUUUCAUGCUGGGAGAUACGCCUUAUCGCCGGAAAACAGAUGAAGAGGUGGUGAAAGCGGCCAAAGCGGGCGACCUGAUGCCCGACUUGCCCACUCAGAGUCCAGAUGAAAUGCAAGUGGUUCUUCAGCGAUGUUGGUCUGAUAGUCCAAAAGACCGACCAUCGUUUUCAGAGAUUUCUGUUGCAAUAGGUGAACUAAUGGUGGACACUCACGUGUAGGUUAAUAAUUACCAAUGUCUUUACGCUGGUUAAGGGUAAAAAUAGAAUCUAGGGUUGUUGGUUGGGCACUUGUGUUUUGAUCUAGCCUCGUAGUCUGUACAGUAUGGAAUUUGGAAGUGCCUCUACAAUAUCAUUGAAUUGUAAGUUAAACAUACAGCUGAGCUUAAAGUGCCAAAGUUAUUUUCGGUGAUUACGCAUGAGAUCUGAUUUACUUCAAUGAAAUGCCAAUGGUUCUAAACCAUGCCCACACGGAAUUUUUUAAUGAAUUGAAACGGGAUGGCAGUUGAAUUUAGAGCAAUUCAAAUUCUAUAAACGUUUGUUUACAUGGGUCAAAAUUUCAUCACUCCCUGUUAAAUUUGUUGUUUAUCUGGCCAACAAGCCUAGAGUCUCUGUCACAAUGGUUUAUUCUCCCAUUAUAUUCAUGGAGAUGUGUACAUAAUCAACUAUAAACGAUCGAACAAAGUGUUUUCGAGUGAGCCAUGAGCUUGUUACAAUGUUACAAUGUUAGAGAGGUCAGUUCCAGUAGGCCCGGGAAAAUGACCACCCUCAGUAAGGUUAUAUUUCGGCCACAUUAGUAUGUGCACUUGCUACCCUUACACAGCAAGUGACAUAAUCAAUUGAGUCAUCUUUCCGGUCAUACAAGAGGUCCCCACAGUGCUUAUGGAGGCACACCUCAGACCCCUACCACUCUUGCCACUGGAAUGGAUGACUACAUUCCUUGGUAGCGCAAAAGCCGCACCAUAGACAAGGGAUUGCUCUGAUGCUGUUAGCAGUAGUUCUGUAGCCAUGGUGAGUCUUAUCUUCCUGACCAAGCUGUUUUGAUCAAAUGGUGCAUAUAACCUUUCUUACAAGUCUAGGUGCUUCAGACCUUUGAAUAUGAAUACUAUGUAAUUGACUGAACUGAACAAUGUUUGGACUUGGGGGCUGUGUUUUUUCCAACUAAAAAUUUUGUGUUUCUAUUCUUAAUUUGUUUUGCUGUCUCUCAUUGAUUUGUAGUGUCAGAAUUUAAGCCCGUCAAGCAGCAGCAUGAUUGGUCAAAUAACCAUCAUGUGACCUCUCCGUAUUCAUAAAUUGGGUGCUAGAUCACUUUGAUGAAAAAUGUGGAAAAUCAGCAGGAAUUUUUUUUCUAAAACAUGAUUGCACCAAAUGGGUCGAUAUAAAUAAGUGUUCACUUUUGACGUUUUGUAGAUUGCUUACGAUGACAAUUCAACUGCAUAAAUGGCUUCGCGAGUUCACAGUUGCAUAUUUCGCUAUCUAAUCGUUUUAAAGAAUCGCUCGAGAGAGAUUUAUUUUAUCAACCAUGUCGUUUAUAUGUACAGUAUUUGCGUUCACAAUAGGGUAAGUCUCGCACGCGGGUGUUCGCGUGGAGACCAGACAAGUUUGGCUGAUCACGGGGCGGCCUUAUGAAUGUCCAGUCGUCUCUGAAUCGAUCAAUGCUCUCUCCGCACUGCCAUAUGAAAAUGUUUGUAUUAUAGCUGUGUAAAUGCAAUUUGUAUUUAUUUUGUGUUAUUCUCUUGUCUAAUGAUGAUGCCGCCGAGAUCAAUGAUGUUUUAGUUGGGCAUUUUGCCAACAGAGAUUGAAAAUGUUUUGCCACCCUUGAAUUUUGUGCUCAAUUCAGUAGAAAAGGCUGCAAGUAAACCAACUGUUUAAUGAUAUGGUAAACCGUGACUUUUUUGCCAGCGUUAAAUCUUAAAAGAAUUUGCAUCCUGGGUUCAGAAUGUGAAAACAGAACACAAGCAGAUCAUCAAUGUACUAGUUUUUUUUUGCACAAAUUUUGUGAGACGAAAUCAUGAAAGGCCUUUUUGCGAACAUUAAGCAGCACAAAAAUGUCACGGUUUACAGUAUGUCUUGCUUCUCACGAAUUGAAACUUUAAGAAUUGUUUGGGAUAUUGGGGUAAGGACAUUUAUUGUGGUAUUUUAAAAGACAUUUCCUACUGAAUGGAUCACAUAUUUUACAUUUCAAAGUAUUUUAUUUAAACACUUCACUCAACCAAUGUUUAUAUUAGUAGUAUUUUCUUCUUGUGAAAUCGUUUAAUCUAACAGGUUGCAUUCUUUGCACACAGGAAUUUUAUAAAGGGUGCGAGUAUUUUGUCAUAAACAAUGGUAACACAUUAAUAUCAGAUGGACUUGAUUAAGUUGUGCUUUUGAUGGAUUAAUAUAGACAUUGUUAUUUCAAUUUUUCAAAUGUAGGCUAUGCUUCUUGUAGCUUUUGGGCUUCCGGUAAACAGGUUGUGGACCAACCAUAUUUCAAGGUCACACCAUCAGUCGAGGUGAGUCCUUGACAGAAAUU